GUUUUGCCGCAGCCUGCGUCGGCGCAACCGCAUGUUGAUCACGACUCACUUAAAAGCUGUCUCUGAAUCUCUUAAGUGUUUUUACCCGAGCUCCCGAUGACAGCUAGCAUCUGGCCGCUGCGGACGCGCAGGCUCAGUUUGUUGAUGGCCGUCUGCUUGUCACCUUUCACCUCCCACGGCAGCUUGAACUCUGACAGUUUCUCAUACCAGGGAAUCUGCGCCGCUGUGUCCACCUGGUGUCAACACACACACACACACUUGCUUGGAGGCUGCAUGCUAUGUGCUGGCCGUGUCCAAGUUGUCACCCACCUCAUAGUGCAGGUUGUUGACUUCCAGCUGGUUGCAGUCCCCGCUGUACGUGAAGUAGAGGCUGCUGUCCUCCUCUGAUGAGAACAACUGAUUACAAAAAAAGUACCCUUAGUCCUCCUCGCUCCUUCCAAGCCUACUUGAGUUUUGUGUCUUGCUGUCAUGACUGAGUCAAAUCCAUGCAGCAGGUAAACCAUUCUUAAAACUUCACAAGCAUAAAACGAGAACUGACCUGCGGUGAUCCGUUAGUGUGAGUCAAGCUACUAUUUGUGUCCAUGAUGACGCUAGACGACACUUGUCGGGUCAGAUGGUCAUCUCACCCCCGUGCGCACCUCCUCUCUUUUUCUUGAUGUUCUUUUUUCCAGAUUUCCUCUGCGUCUCCGUGUCCGCUCCGGGAAAAGUCUCCUAUGAAAUGAUGUGCCGUCACAUUAGCUGCUGCGUUCCAGGAGAAGCUGCCCGCCUCCCCGUCCACUUUAUGCGAGUCUGGAUCAAAGUUCCCUGAGAUAAGGCCACAUGCCCCAGUCUCGUGUUUAUGGCUUUCUCCUGUUAGUGUGCGGGGAGCUGGAGCUCAUGUGGAUGCGGGCUGAAGAUGAGCGGACAGUACUCGAUGAAGCCGAAGAGUCCCGGCUUGGACAGCGAGGUCCAAGAGUCCUUCAAGUUUGUGUCGGAAGUCGAGGAGGACGGCGGAGAUGAGACUGCCGAGCCUCGGUGCAGCCUCAGUGCCAGCAAUAUCACCUACACAGUCAGCGAGCGCAUUGGCCCCUGGUGGAACCUGCCCUCCUACAGGAAGCGACGAACUCGGCAGAUCCUCAACAACGUCUCCUUCCAUGUGGACAGCGGGCAGAUUAUGGGCAUCCUGGGUAACUCAGGUUCCGGAAAGACCACCUUGCUGGACGCCAUCUCGGGAAGAAUCGGCAACUCCGGAAGCCUGUCGGGUGAUGUCUUCGUCAACGGCAGAAAACUGGCGAGAGAAGAGUACCAGGACUGCUUCUCCUACGUGCUGCAGAGCGACAACCUGCUGAGUUAUCUGACGGUGGAGGAGACUUUGACCUACACGGCCCAACUGGCGCUCAGAAAGCACUCGGCCAAAGACAUCCAAAACAAGGUGUCAGCGGUGAUGGCCGAGCUGAGUCUGAGCCACGUGGCCCGCAGUGUGAUCGGCGGCCGCGUUUUCCCGGGAAUCUCCGGAGGCGAGAGGAGGAGGGUCUCCAUCGCCGGCCAGCUGCUUCAGGACCCCCGAGUGAUCCUAUUGGACGAGCCCACCACGGGGCUGGACAGCAUGACGGCCAAUCAGAUCGUGGUACUGUUGGCCCAGCUGGCCCGCAGGAACCGUAUCGUGAUCGUCACCAUCCACCAGCCUCGCUCCGAACUCUUCACGGUGUUCAGCAGGAUUGCACUGAUGAGUCGUGGCGAGUUAGUUUUCUGCGGCCAACCUGACCAGAUGGUGGACUUCUUCAGCUGCUGCGGGUACGAGUGUCCAGAAUACUGCAACCCCUUCGACAUCUACGUGGACUUGACGUCGGUGGACACGCGCAACAGCGAGCGCGAGGCGGCCACCUUCGGCCGCAUGCGCGACAUCACCUGCUCCUACCAAAAGUCGGCCAUCUUCGGGUGUAUGCUGGCCAGGACGCAGGAGAGCCUGGGCGCCCGCUGCAAGACCGCCAUCCCCUUCAAGAGCAAAGAGUCUCCCACAGGCUCCGCCAAGCUGACCGUGCUCCUCAGGCGGACCAUGCGUAACCUGUCGAGAGACCGAAUGGGGGUCCUGAUGCGGCUGUCUCAGAACCUGAUCUACGGCCUCUUCGUGGCCUUCUUUGUCACGCGUUUGGACGACGACGUGGCGAAAGGCGCUGUGCAGGACCGCAUCGGCAUCAUCUACCAGUGCGUCGGCGCCUCGCCCUACACCGGGAUGCUCAACGCCGUUGCUCUCUUUCCCGCCCUGCGAGCCAUCGGCGACCAGGAGAGUCAGGAUGGCUUGUACAGCAAGUGGCAGAUGUUUCUGGCCUAUGUGUUCCACAUCCUGCCCUUCAGCGUCGUCAGCGUGCUCAUCUUCACCUCCUUCCUUUACUGGACGGUGGGAAUGCACGCGGAGAUAUGGCGCUUCGCCUGCUUCACAGCGGUCGUGACGGUCCCUCACAUCACAGGUGAACUGCUGACGGUGGUCCUGCUAGGUGUGGUCCAGGACCCCAACAUGGUCAACACUGGAGUGGCCCUGCUCAACAUCGCCGGGAUCCUACUGGGCUCCGGAUUCCUACGAAGCAUGGCACAGAUGCCGACGGUGUUCCAGUGGCUGAGCUACCUGACGUUCCAGAAGUACAGCUGCGAGCUGCUGAUUGUCACUGAGUUCCACGGGCUUCACUUUACCUGCAACAACUCCAGUUUUCUGCCAAGAAGCUGCCUGAUCACGCAGGGUGACCAAAUUGUGGACGAAGGCUACCCUGGCGCCGUGGGGCGCUACACGCUUGACUUUGUGCUGCUCUACUCUUUCCUGCCCGCCCUCCUACUGCUGGGCAUGGUCACAUUCAAGAUCCGAGACAGACUGGUGCUCCAUUGACGUCGCUCGGCCACACCUGCUGAGCUUAAUGCAACAAUGCAGCCCACAAAAAGAGUAGCAUUCAUGAUUGAUCAAUUUUGACAGACUAUAUCAAUAAGUGGUAUUAUAAGCAACAUAAGCUGUAUGUACUCUGUCAAGAAU